CGGAGCGAUGACGUAGAGCCCGCGCGGCGCGGCGGCCGGAGCCGCCUUCGCUCCCUUUUGUCCAAGAUGGCGGCGGCCGCCGGAGGCGCCUCCUGAGCCGCGGGCCCGGCGCGAUGAAGCGCGGCAGCGACCGCGACUCGAGCCCGCCGGGGGCCGCGGGCGGACGCGCGGCCGCCGCCGCCAAGCGGCCCCGCGAUCGCGACCGCGAGAGCAGCAGCCGGCGCGGCCCGCACCGCAGCUCGGGCGCCUCCCGCAGCAGCCGGGACAAGUCCACGCCCGGCGGCGGCGGCGGAGGCGGCGGCGGCACCACCACCGGCAGCGGCGGCGGCGGAGGCGGCUCCAGCUCCCGCAGCCACCGCGGCGAUGAACGCGCCGGCGGCGGCGGCGACUCGAACCACCGCCCGGCGGGGAGCGGCUCGGCCUCGGGCGCCCGCGGCGGCAGCCAGGCCGCCCCCUCGUCCUCCUCCUCCUCGUCCCGGGCGCUCGGCGUGCCCAAGGCCAAGGCGCUGCCGGGCGCCGUGGUAGCCCCGUCGCUGCUGCUGGCCGGGCCGCCGCCGGGCGCCGCGCCCUCGCUGCUGCUGGCGCCGCUCGGGGGCUCGGCCGGGCUGGCCGGGGAGCCGCCCGGCUCCUGCGAGUACAAGACGCUGCUGGUGAGCGGGCUGAGCGCGGCCCUGCCCGACCAGCUGCUGGAGGACGGGCUGUUCCGCCUCUUCCAGCGCUUCGCGGGCGGGGGCGCCGGGGACAUCAGUGUCAAGCUCUCCCACACGCCCGAGCUCGGCCGCGUCGCCUACGUGAACUUCCGACACCCCGGGGACGCCCGCGACGCCCGCCGGCACGCCCGGGCCCGGCAGCUGCUCCUCUACGACCGGCCGCUCAAGGUGGAGCCCGUGUACCUGCGCGGGGGCCGGCGCAGCCGCACGCCGCCCCCCGCGCCCUCCCCGGAGCCGCUGGGGUACCUGCCGCCCCUGCACGGCGCCUACCAAUACAAGCAGCGCUCGCUGUCGCCGGUCACCAGUCCCUUGCUGCGGGAGCCGCGGCCCCGCCACGCCGCCGCCGCCGCCUUCGCGCUGGAAGCGGCCGCCAUCGGGCUCUCCCGGGAGCGGGAGCGGGCCCUGGAUUACUACGGGCUGUACGACGAGCGCGGCCGCCCGUACAGCUACCCCAUCGUGGCCGAGGAAGACCUGAUGCCAGAGGAUGACCAGAGAGCCACCCGCAACCUCUUCAUCGGCAACUUGGACCACAACGUGUCGGAGGUGGAGCUGAGGCGCGCCUUCGAGAAGUACGGCAUCAUUGAGGAGGUGGUGAUCAAGCGCCCUGCGCGUGGCCAGGGCGGCGCCUACGCCUUCCUCAAGUUCCAGAACUUGGACAUGGCUCACCGGGCCAAGGUGGCCAUGUCGGGCCGUGUUGUGGGCAGGAACCCCAUCAAAAUUGGCUACGGAAAAGCCAACCCCACCACCCGGCUGUGGGUGGGGGGCCUCGGCCCCAGCACUUCCCUGGCCGCCCUGGCCAGGGAGUUCGACCGCUUUGGCAGCAUCAGGACUAUUGACUACGUGAAGGGCGACAGCUUCGCUUACAUCCAGUACGAGAGCCUGGACGCUGCCCAGGCCGCCUGCGCGCAGAUGAGGGGCUUUCCCUUGGGCGGACCGGAGAGGAGGCUCCGAGUGGAUUUUGCCAAAGCAGAAGAGACGAGAUACCCGCAGCAGUACCAGCCCGCGCCGCUGCCCGUGCACUACGAGCUGCUGGCUGACGGGUACAGCCGGCACCGGAGCCUGGAGCAAGACUUGAGGGUGCGGGAUAGGACUCCUCCGCACCUCCUGUACUCGGACAGAGACAGGAGCUUUGUGGAGGCAGACUGGGCCAGCCCCGCCAAAAACGCCGAACGCAGGAACAACCUGGAGAGCUACAGCCGGUCCGUGCGCAGCCGGAGCGGGGAGCGCUGGGGCAGCGACGGCGACCGCGGCGUGCCCAAACCGUGGGAAGAGAGGCGGAGACGCCGGAGUCUUUCCAGCGACCGCGGGAGGACUACUCACUCGCCUUACGAGGACAGAAGCAGGACAAAGGCCAGUGGGCCAGCUCUAGACCGCAGCCCUGACAGGGCUCGCAAGGAGAAUCACACUACAGAACCCGGAGCCGAGAAAGAGCAGAGCAACUCCCUCCAGAACAAUCGUCACGCGGCCGAGGAGAAACCCCAUCGCGAGCCAGCCGAUGCUCCCCAGCCCAAAAAAAGGGACAGCGAACGCAAUCAUCGAACUGGUGAAUCGGAAUCCAAAACUCACGAGGAGCCAAAAUCUGAGACCAAAAAGCUAAAGAAUUUAUCAGAAUAUGCUCAGACGCUGCAACUUGCUUGGAAUGGGCUUCUUGUGCUAAAAAACAGCUGCUUCCCCACCUCUAUGCACAUCCUGGAGGGAGACCUGGGUGUCAUCAACGGACUCCUCAAAGACCAUUCAUCCGGCGGGAAGCUGACACAGCUCAAAAUCGCUCAGAGACUUCGGCUGGACCAGCCCAAGCUGGAUGAAGUCACCCGGCGCAUCAAACAAGGCAGCCCCAACGGCUACGCCGUGCUCCUGGCCACCCAGUCCGCCCCGGCAGGGGCAGGGGCCGAGGGGACCUUCCCUGUGGUAGAGCCUGGCUUGCAGCGACGGCUUCUCAGGAAUCUGGUCUCCUACUUGAAACAGAAGCAGGCUGCUGGGGUUAUCAGCCUGCCCGUGGGAGGGGCAAAGGGCAGGGACAGCACAGGCAUGCUUUACGCGUUCCCUCCUUGCGAGUUCUCUCAGCAGUACCUCCAGUCAGCACUAAGGACAUUGGGGAAGUUAGAAGAAGAACAUAUGGUGAUAGUUAUAGUCAAAGACACUGCCUAGCCCACACUGUCUUUUCAAAUUCCAUGUUUUCUUUGUGUGUCACACAGCCCAGUUGUUUUUAAGGCUGAUCAUUUUGGUUGAGGCUCAAAACACCUUGACCAAAGUGGUAAGAUUUUUAGUUUCUAAUUAAUUUUAAUACCUAUAAUAUCUAUUAAAAUUUUAAAUAGAGCCCAUUUUAUUCGUUUUUAAUAUGUGACACUGUCCGCUGUUGUUCUGUAUUUUUAUUUUUUAACUGUAUGAAAAGUUGUCAGUAAAGCCUUGUUCACUGAUGGAUUUCUAAACUUGUGCGGUAUCCGAGUUCUUCUGGCCCAGGAAGGAAGGGUGAGUUCCCUGUGCUGCAGGAGCAGCCAGGCCAGGCCCCAGCCCAGUUCAGUUCUCAGAUCCCAACCUUGAGCACCUCCUUCAUCUUUAUGUGUGUCCUUCAAGGUGGGAGGGGAAGGGAGGUUCUUAAUGCUGUAUCAGAGACUGAAAGAUUGGUUCUCUAUUUUUUUUUUGUCCUGUUUGCUUUUUAUUUUGUAAAUUUGAGUCUGGAUGCUUUGCUGUUGAGUCUCUAUUUGACAAUAGAAGCUUCCCAGGAAGCCAGCAACCAAGGAAGCAAAUCCUGAUCAAGAAUAAAAGUGUUUUUCAUUCACUCCAAAAAAUUAGUUGGUACUUGGCGAAAAUUUUGCUACUGAGGAGAGGAUGCUGUAUUCAGGUUGGUGAGGUUUGAGACCACCUGGCACAUGUGGUGGUCAUAGAAAUUCUUGGAAAAAACAAAAAAGGUUUGACAUUACCAAUUUUUAUAAAAGGCAAAACAAGCAGAAGAAAAGUGAUUUAUGGGGGAACGCCCUUGGGCCCAUAUUAGAUGUGGACAAGCCAAGGACAUGGAGGUGUUUAGUGAGCUGGAGGUGCCCAUUUGCAGUCAAUCAUGUUGUACUACCAGGAAUCCUUUAUUGAAAGAUAAAUGGCUAUUUUUUUUCCUAAAGUUUAAAUUUGUUUGCAGGCUUACAAAAACAGACAGAAACAUGUCUGUCUGGCUGAGAAUGUGUUCAGUUACCACGGGUGGAACCACUGGAGAUCAAAAUCUGAGCUCUGAAACGGGAUGGAUCCAUCACCUUUGCUGUCUGUGCUAUGAGGUGCUUGGCUGGGAGGCCAGACCCUUUGAGUGCUCAGCAGCAUAAGGAUGUGGUAACGAGUCCAAGCUGGAGUUACAAUCCACACUGUUCUGUUUGGGGAUAUUUUUAUUUUUUAAAAUGAUGCCUGUAGAUUUUAGGAGAUUUACAGAAAAUUGUGUGGGAUUAAAAAUGCUACGUUUUAAAGUUU